AUGGAGCACACCAGGUGCAGCACUAGAAACAACAAUACCCUUCAUAAUGAUGUUUAUUUUCAAAAAGGAGUAAGCAUACCCUUCUCAUGGGAAUACAAGCCUGGUCUCCCCAAAAUCACACAUCAGAAAAAUGACUCAAGGUGCAGUAAUAUAGUGUUGCAACCUCCUCCAUGUUCAUCGUCUAGGACUGCACAUAAUAAACAAGAAAUUCCAGUUGAGGUCAUGGAGGCUCCUGAUUUUAUUCUUUGUGCAGUUCAACCUUCUUUCAUGAAAAACAGAUCUUUUCGAUUGGAGAGUCAAACAGAAGAUCCUUUUGUUGAAGCUUACAAGAAAUGCACAGAAACCCCUAAGAACUCAUUCAUGCGUAAACAGUCUACUAAAUCUAAUAAAAGCAGUGGAUCUUGGCCUAACAUAAUGAAGUAUAAGGAUAUUUUUUCUUGUAAGUUUUCCAUUGAUGUUAUGAGCACUGUUUAA